AUGGCACUCUCCAAUGACUCCUGGCAGAACACCUCAGCCCCUCUCUUCACAGGUCUCGACCUCUUGCUGGAGCUUAAGCCGCUCUUCAUCCCUCUCUACGCCACCUUGGUGGCUGUGGCGUGUUUGGGGAACUUCUUCCUCAUUCUCCUCAUCGCUCUCACCAAAAAGCUGCACUGCACCACCAAUUUCCUCAUUGGCAACUUGGCAGCGGCUGACUUUGUCAUGUGCCUGGCCUGUGUCCCUCUGACUGUCUCCUAUGCCUUCGAGGUGCGGGGUUGGCUUUUUGGGAUGUUCAUGUGCUACUUUGUCACCCUGAUGCAGGCCACCACCAUGUUUGUCUCGGUGCUGUCCCUCACCGCCAUCGCCAUUGACCGCUACAUUGUCGUGGCCUACCCCAUCCGCCGAAGGAUAAGCUGCAAGUCCUGUGUCUGCAUCAUGGCCUGCAUCUGGCUUCUCUCCAUCCUGGCCUCGGUUCCUACCUCACUGCACACGCAAUACUUGGAUCUCAACACCAUUGGCCAUGACAUGAUCAUCUGCGAGGAGUUUUGGAAGCACAAGGAGAGGGAGCGGCUGCUGUACUCAUGUCUGAUGCUCCUCUUGUCCUACAUGCUCCUGCUGCUGGCAGUAUCGGUCUCCUUCUGUGCCAUCUCCCACCACCUGCAGAAGAGGAACAUCCCAGGAGCUGCCUACCCGUGCCAAGACAAGUGGAGCAAAAUGAAGCAGAAGACCUUCCGGGUGCUCACCGUCUCUGUAGUUUGCUUUGCUGUCUGCUGGCUGCCCCUCCAGGUCGUCAACUUCAUCAGAGACAUUGACGAAGAGUUCACCAUCCUGGACAAAAGAUAUGUGAACGUCAUCCAGGUCUCAUGCCACCUGAUUGCCAACUCUGCCUGCUACAACCCCUUCAUCUACGCCUCUCUCCAUGACAAGUUCCGCUUCCACCUCAGCAGUUACUUCUACUGCAAGAAGAAGAGCUCCAGCACUGUGUCUUACAAGGUUUCUCGGUUCAACAUCUGCUCCACCUUGGCAGACACCCCAGCUGGAGUCCCGGAUAAGACAGCUUUGCAAACCAGAUUCUCUUAG